AGAAAAGUGGGAAAAUCCCAUCGCAAUUGCAAUCCCUCGUAUUUUCUCGGAAAAUCUCAGUACUUUUCUUAGCAGCCAAACAGUCUCUCUUGCCUCUUCAAUUGAGACCUACUCAUCGCGAUUCCAUUAUCUGAAUCUGCAAGAGUCGUGAAGAUAUGUCAACCUCAAGCCAGCACCAGUUCCGAUACACUCAAACCCCGUCAAAGGUGCUGCACCUUCGCAACCUUCCAUGGGAGUGCGCGGAAGAGGAGCUCAUAGAGCUGUGCAAACCCUUCGGUAAGAUCGUCAACACCAAGUGCAAUGUCGGCGCCAAUCGCAACCAGGCUUUUGUUGAAUUUGCGGAUCUAAAUCAAGCCAUUUCAAUGGUUUCAUAUUAUGCUUCAUCUUCAGAACCUGCUCAGGUUCGUGGCAAAACUGUUUACAUUCAGUAUUCUAAUAGACAUGAAAUUGUCAACAACAAAAGCCCUGGAGAUAUUCCUGGAAAUGUCUUGCUGGUAACUAUUGAAGGCGUGGAAGCUGGGGAUGUGAGUAUUGAUGUUAUCCACUUGGUGUUUUCUGCUUUUGGCUUUGUUCACAAAAUUGCUACAUUUGAAAAGACUGCAGGUUUCCAGGCUCUGAUUCAGUUCACUGAUGCUGAGACUGCUUCUUCAGCUAGGAAUGCACUGGAUGGAAGAAGCAUACCAAGAUACCUGCUUCCAGACCAUGUUGGCUCUUGUAACUUGCGUAUUUCAUACUCAGCACAUAAAGAUCUGAAUAUCAAAUUUCAAUCAAAUCGCAGCAGGGACUACACAAAUCCUAUGCUUCCUGUUAAUCAUACUGCUAUUGAUGGGGCAUUACAGCCUGCUUUAGGUCCUGAUGGGAAGAAGAUAGAACCUGAGAGUAAUGUGCUUUUGGCUUCCAUUGAAAAUAUGCAGUAUGCUGUUACUGUUGACGUCCUCCACACAGUGUUCUCGGCAUUUGGUACUGUACAGAAAAUUGCUAUGUUUGAAAAGAAUGGUCAAACUCAGGCACUAAUUCAAUAUCCUGACAUCACAACGGCAGCAGCUGCUAGGGAAGCUUUAGAAGGGCAUUGCAUAUAUGAUGGUGGCUAUUGUAAGCUUCAUCUAUCAUACUCUCGUCAUACUGAUCUCAAUGUAAAGGCUUUUAGUGACAAAAGUAGAGACUACACAGUGCCAGAUCCGAGUAUGCUUGCAGCACAGGUUCCUGCAACAGCUUGGCAAAAUCCACAGGCCACACCUAUGUACCCUGGUAGUGCCCCUGCUUUUCAGACUCAAGUUCCCAGAGGACAAGUGCCUUCAUGGGAUCCAACCAUGCAGGCAGGUAGACCGAGUUAUGCAUCUCCACCUGGUACUUUUCCUGUUCAAACUGGUGGAGUUCCCCCAAUGCAUGCCUAUGGGCCAGCAGCUCAAAGCAGCCCCAUUACUCAUAAUUCAAAUCCUAUGGGAAUCACCCGGCCUGGAUAUCCAUCCAACGUAAAUUUACAGCCCAGUGGUGCUUCGCCUCCGGCACCUGGUUCCUCGCCUCUCAUGCAAACCAAUCGAGUUGCUCAGGGAUUGGUUCAGCCUGGGGCUCUGCCAAAUGUGAGACCUGGUGGUGCUUCAGCUCCAGGUCAGCAUUAUUAUGGUUAGAAAGUCAUAGUUUUACUUUUACCUGAUUGAAAGGAGAAUGGUUUUGAUGUAUGAAAGAAUGAUAAUAUGUACUCAUUUGCUAUUUGGUUGGAAAUUUCAUCAUCAUCAUUAUUAUUGUUAUUUAAGUUAUGAAAUUUAUUUUUCAUAC